UUGUGUGUGUGUUGAGCGGCCAAGAGUGGACCGAGGGGCAUGGCGACAAAGAGGAAAAGUGUCUCUCUUUCUUUGGCGUUAAUUCCUCUCACCGCCAGCGAAUGGCGAGCUGUUACCGGCACCUGCAUCGAGUGACGUUGUUGACGUCACACUUGGCUGAGUGUGUUCUGUCUCUUAACCACCAGUGUGCGGAUGUCUCAGACUCACUCGUAGGGUUAAAACAGUUCGCGACAUCGGUGGUCUUCGCAAAGUUCUCGGAUACUUCCAUCAUACCGGAUAAUCAGAUUUGUGGACGCUAGUCAUGGUAAACAGAGGAAUGAGAAUGCUACUGCUCGUAGCAGUCGCUGCAAUCGUGGUGCCGUUAUCACAAGGCGCCCCUGCCGUCAAGUUUGUUGACAACGUACCAAUCAGCAUCAAGCUUCCAGACAGUAAUGAACUCGUAAAGACGGAUGUUCCCAGUCAAUCCGCAAUACCAGAGUGUCUCAAGUCAGAAGAAGGGGUGACAGAAACUGAAGACGGCUUGGUUGCUCCAGCUGAGGCCUUUACACUGUGUGCCAGACAGGAGCUGGGAAGGCUUCAGAGCGAGUUGAAGCCGAGUGUCCAGGAACCGGAGGAGUCUUCUGAAGAAGAAGAACCUGUCGAAGAUGACCUGCCACCUCCUCCAAAGAAAGAGGCUGCCAAGCCUGUAGAACCUGAGACGAAGAAAGAAGCACCUGCUCCUCCAGCAGAAUCCAAGCCGCCCAUUCCACAGGCUCCCACGAUUCCGGAUCUCAGCAGCAUCACGGACGCUUUCACCAAAGUCAGGCCCAUUGACAAGCACCCAACCGUUCUUGUCGAAGUCGUGAAGAUUCUGCAGGUGAUCUUCGACUUUAGGCGCGUGAUGAGCGACAUGCAACGAAUCCUGCACGGUGACCUGGCCGGAGUUUUGCGGGAGUACCCGGAAAGAGCCCGAGGUCUGUUCCAUAUGGUUCGCACUCUGCCCAGCAGGUUCGCCAACGCUCGUGACAAGGUCGAAGAGGUCAAGGAGGAGAGCCAGGAGCCCGAAUACAUGCAGACACUCAACGAGCUGCACAGCUACUUGACAUCUGCAGGCGCAUCGUCUGAAGAACUGCCCAACGCACUUUCCCUCGUUAGCACACUCGAUGCACUCAGAAGUAUCGCCGGACGCCUUCAGAACCACCUAACAGAGAAACUGACCGGCCGCAAGAGGGCUGCUGAAUCUAUCUCGGAACAACCGAGAUCAUCAAGGGUCGUCGAUGAGAUCAAGGACAUAUUCAUGAUCAUUCCCGACACGUUCCGUGCCUACGGCCGGCGCAGCAAGCUGAACGGCGGCCCGGGCAUCUUCAGCCCGUCGCCCGUGAGUCCACUGAGCCCGUGGAACCCCCUGAACCCAUUGUCGCCCAUCAGCCCCGUGUCGGCCGUCUCCAGGCUGACACCCGGUGAUCCGUUGCGCCCCAUAUCUAGGGCCCAAGUGAGGGCCGUGGACACCGUGUCGAAGCGACUCGUCGACCUCUUCAACGCCCGCACAGGCAGCAAGAAAUCCUCCUGCCUCUCGGGAAUUUGCAACUUACAAGCGUAAACGCAAAAGAAGAGGAGUCCUAAACACAGGAUGCUAUUGCGUCACUAUAGUUUGCACGAGCAUAAUUGAGUAUACCCUAUAGUAUCGGACAGGUACUGGGGCAAGGAUGCAAAGGCAGGAGCUCAACUAGGAGUCUGAUUCUGGACAUUGUCCAACUAUGCCAUUCGUCGACUCUGACUUAUCCAGAAGGGUGCCUUUCUGAUUAGCUUAGAAUGCCACCACUAGCGACCAUAAAAGUACUGUAAAAGUUCACGCUGUCAACAAUAACACCCCAUGUCCACGUACGGUUGGCGAUCCCACUUUGAGGGAAAGCGAUUAAGGGCGCAGGACACAACGUUACCAAAAGCUUCGGUAAACUGGCAAUAAGAACUUCCGGCAGAAAAGCUUUGCUAUUUUGGAACCAUGAUGUUCUGAUCCUGUGGCCAUGGGCUUACGGGGCUGAACAAGGUGUUGUGUCUUAAUUCCGAUUCCCAAUGUACCAAUGUGUGUUACGCUGAGAGUGACGCAUCAACAUUUUCUAUUCAGGCAGGUUUACACCAAUACGCAGCCUAUUGCAGUGUUUUUGGUAUGCUAAAUGCAGUAAUUAGUUGUUGGCAGUUGGAGAAAUUUCACGCUAACUACACAUUUCUGAUUCCUUUGAGUUCUUCUGAAAUGAUGUUUGACUGGGUAAUGUUUCGUUAUCUACACUUUAUUGCUACGAUUUGUAAAGUUCUUGUUCCUGAUAAGGGCAGAAAAUUAAAAAUUGUAUGAAAUAGUUAUUCAAACACUCAUUUUGUCAGACGAGAGAAAGCUCUAUUUGCAGAAAUUUUCUCAAGUGCACUACCGAUUUGAUACCUUCGCAAGCCUUCAGAUUUCCAGGCAUAAAGUAAUUUUGCAUCUCAAGCUUCCUUUCUGAAGAGGAAUCAACGCCUGUAGACAUGACAAUGAGGAAAGCAUGGAAUAAAUUAGCGUGGAGUUUCUUUUGAACUGCUUCUUUCAGUUCGCUGAGAUAGUAAAUUUGGUACGGCUACAGGGCAUCGCUCGAUAUUUUGUUGAUCAGGGCAUGAUGCCAUGUACCAUUCAAUUCUUUACCGAAGGCAUAAGAAACUUCUCUGUAGUUACCAAAGCGGCUAAUAAACGAUGUCACGUUGAUUUGU